AUGGCAGAGCCGCCCCAAUACCUUGACGAUGAAGGAUACUUCUCAUUAGACGACUCUGACGCCCGAAGCCUUGGCAGUGGAGAGAUGCUUGACGUGCUAGUGCGUCAUCUUGAACAUUGUAACCUCCCGCAGGAAGGGCAGGGAAUAUUCGCCAUGAACGUCAAUUCCUCCGGAUUUUUGACGGCCGACUUCGACGUGUGUCCAGACACGGAGGAGUGCCCGGACGUGCUGAAGGCGAAACCUCAAGCAAGGGAACUCGAACUUGUUUUGAGACGGUGGAUGUAG